UUCAGGAUGCUCUAACCUGUGAUGCUCCCCACUCAAGAGCUGGUUUCGUUGCUGCAGAGAUGUAAAGACUUCGAGCAAACGAGGAGGGUACAUGGGCGUAUUAUUACCAGUGGAAUUCAGUGGUCGAAUUUCGUCCUCACCAACCUCCUCAACUCUUGCAACGCCAAUGGGAACACCGACUACGCCAAGAAGAUCUUCGAAAAAGCCCAGAAUCCUGACGUCUUCGCUUGGAAUUCUAUGAUCAGAGGGUUAUGCCGUAAUGGGUUGUUCAGAGACGCCAUUUCUGCUUACGCUCAGAUGCGAGAAUCGAGCGUUCUGCCCAUCUCCUUCACGUUCGCCGCCGUUCUCAAGGCGUGCGCUCGGAUUCUUGAGAAGAAGAUCGGAUGGGGACUGCAUUCUCAGGUCUGUAAGUUUGGAUUUGAUUGCGAUGUUUAUGCACAGACCUCCCUUGUGGAUAUGUACUCGAAGUUUGGAGACAUGCGAUCCGCGCAGCAAGUAUUUGAUGGAAUGCCUGAGAGAAAUGUAGUGUCCUGGAAUUCUGUUAUUUCUGGCUACGUGAAAUGUGGGGAAUUGAUAGUUGCACGUAAAAUAUUUGACGACAUGCCUGGGAAAGAUGUGGUGUCGUGGAACACUUUGAUUUUGGGCUAUGUGAAAGGCGGGGAUAUGAAUUCUGCAAUGGCGUUGUUCUAUGAGAUGCCAGAGAGGAAUCCUGCCUCGUGGAAUACUCUCAUCGGUGGUUAUAUUGAUUCAGGUAAUCUGGAGACAGCUCGUCAGUUAUUUGAUAGCAUGCCAGAGAAAAGCAAUGUGUCUUUGGUUACAAUGAUUUCUGGAUAUGCUCGGCACGGUGUUGUUGAUUUAGCUCGAGAGUUAUUUGAUUGGGCUUGUGGAAAAGAUAGAACCAUAUGGAAUGCCAUGAUUGCUUGCUACGCGCAGAAUGGUCGGCCAAGAGAGGCUAUUAACUUGUUUAAUAGAAUGUUGGAGUGCGAUGUGAAGAUAAAGCCUGACAAGAUGACCAUAGUGUGUGCUAUUUCUGCAUCUUCUCAGUUGGGUGAUUUCUCCUUUGGACUAUGGAUCCAGAAUUAUUGUCGUGAAAUUGGGAUGGAAAUGGACGAUCAUCUCAUUACCUCAUUGGUUGAUCUAUAUGCAAAAUGUGGAAACGUGUAUGAUGCUUACUCUCUGUUCUUGAAAUUACGAAACAGAGAUGUUGUGGCAUACACAGCAAUAAUCCUGGGAUGUGCAAUGCAUGGCCGUGCAGGUGAUUCCAUUCUGCUCUUCAACGAAAUGGUUGCUGCUCAUGUGAAGCCAAACUCUGUUACAUUUAUUGGACUCUUGACUGCUUGCAAUCAUUGUGGUCUAGUGGAUGAAGGACUUCAAUAUUUUCUUUCCAUGAGUGCGGUUUAUGGGCUUCAUCCAUCUGCUGAUCACUAUGUCUGUAUGGUUGAUCUGCUUGGACGUGCUGGGAGGUUGGAUGAGGCAUACGAGCUCAUCAGAAGCAUGCCUAUGACUCCGCAUACUGGUGUAUGGGGUGCAUUGCUUCUUGCUUGUAAUAUUCAUUGUAACGUUAAGCUUGGCGAGAUUGCUGCUCAUCAGUGCUUUAAGCUGGAACCUGAGGCAAGUGGGUAUUAUGUUCUUCUAUGUAACAUCUAUGCAUCUGCAGGGAGGUGGGAUGAUGCCAAAAGGAUGAGAAAGGCUGUGGAGGAGCAGAGGCUGGCAAGGAUUCCUGGGUGUAGCUGGAUUGAAAUAGACAGUGAACCAAUCAAUCAGCGGCCUUUUGAAGAAUUAAAUGAUAUGCAAAUGGGAAGGGAUUUAGGCGUAUGAGGUUUCGGAAUGUGUGCCCAGCUCACAAAGUCAGCGAUUUUUCCAUCAUCUUUAUCCUGUCUCACGUUAACAUGGUUGAGAACUGUACUCAGCACCGUGGUCUUGCAAGGAAAAGAAUGGGAGCCACUUUCCUGCCUGCUGCGCCUGUCACUGCGAAUGUUCUUGUAUAGAUGCAAUUACAAUCUGCACGUUGAGUUUUGUUGGGUUACCUGGAGAGUGUUUUAUGCUGUCUACGGUUCGCUGCUUCAUUUUGCAAUUCCUCAAUACCUGCUAGGAAUUGCACUUUCCUGACCUGCUUCAUUCGGUAAUUCCUCCAUGCAUGCUAUAGGUAGUACUCUCCACCGGCCUGCUUCUUUUGUGCAGAAAAGAGAAAAAGAAGAGAAGAGUGUCGGGCGUGGCGCACUGGCACUCAAAACAGGAGCGAGGCUGUGCAUGGCGUUCAAUCAAAACGAGAUCCAUGUCCAUUGACGAGCUUUUUCUGUUUAUACAAUUGAGACCUAAAUCCUGUCUCCGGUCAUUCUCAAUGGUUGAGGCCGAUCUUGUCGAUAGGGUAUUGGAGCUGAAUCAUUUUACAGAAUGACGCAAAGAUUCAAAGAAUUAGACUCAAACUGUAUCCAAUCAGCAGACAUUGGCUUAAUUAUCGUUGUUGUAUAUAAUAAAAAAAUAACUAAUUUAAAAUAAUCAAAAUUUUGAAGUAUAAAGAGUAAUAAUUCACCAAACUGUUCAACUAAUUGGUCUACACCCUUAAGAAGAAUAUACAGAAAUAAGAUCAAAGGCACAAGAGUUAUGAAAUGAGAAAUCUACUAUAUUUUCAGCAGCUUUUAUUGUGGCCCAAUAAAGGAGGAAGCUUUUGGGUUGUUCUCUAAUUUUCAGCAUCAAAAUUCUGAUUCUGUGUUGUCGUCUUCUGCCGG